AUAUCUGGAUGUAGUGAGAUACUACAUCAAUAGGGACCUCUGUAUUUUAAUCAUGGAGUAUCUAUUUGGGUUCUUAAAAGAGCAGCUUAAAAAGUAUUAAAGUUUUUUGAGUGUUUUAUGGGUCAUCAGUAUCUGACUGUUGGAGGUCUGACUCUUGACACCCCCAUGAUCAUCUGUUUGCAGAAGCCAUGGUGCUUUGACUCUUGAGGAGUUAAUUUACAUCAUGGGGCUCCCACAAUGUACCCAGAAUAUAAAGAAGGAGACACAGGAAGCUCUUCAUCACUCAGCUAUCCUCCAGCAGACAGUGUGUGAACUAUAUUCUAUGCUAGGAAUUUAUGAAGGAUCCCAGACUGGGAAGAUAAUGGGACAAAACAUAACAAACGUGACAAUCUCUAAGACUAACAAGGAGGACAAACCGAGGAAUCCACUCAAAAGAAAAAAUCCUGACGAUGGACAGAAUGGAUGUAAGAAGCCCAGAGUAGAGACAAUGCCUUCCGGUACCCAAUCCAGAAAGAAAACCAUCUACAGUAAUGAGCAGAUCAAGUUCCUUCAGAACCAGUUUGACUGUAACCCGUAUCCAGAUUUUGUGAGCAAAUGUCGUAUUUCUCAGGUCACAGGGAUCCCAGAACCCAAUAUACAGGUUUGGUUCCAGAACAGAAGAGCAAGAUAUCUCUCAAGAAGAAAUCAAAUCCCGGAAAAGAAGAAACCUACAGCUCAAAUCCUUAUUGAUGUUCAUGAGAAGCUUCCAUCCAUCUCCAUGGAGGAUAUCUGGAUGUUGUGA